AUGGAAAAGCUUGUGAUUGAGAUUCCUUUGGUUGAUGCUGUGAAGAUUGCUCCUACUCUCAGACACUAUGUGAAGAGGAUGGUGACUAAUAAUCUGAGUCAUGAGGAAGGAAUGAUGAUGAUUUCUGAACAGGUCAGUGCUGUGAUUCAGAAUAAGAUUCCAGAGAAACUUUCGGACCCAGGAAGCUUUGUUUUAGACUUCUCUAUCUUCUCAGAGAGGUUCAAGAGAUCGCUGUGUGAUCUUGGUUCGAGUGUUAACCUCAUGCCAUACUCUGUAGCUGUAAGCCUUGGAACGACUGAUUUCAAACCAACUAAGAUCUCUCUAAUCCUAGCAGAUCGAUCUAAAAGAAUCCCAAAAGUUGUCUUGGAGGAUUUUCCGAUUAAAGUUGGUGAUUGCGUAAUUCCUACAGAUUUCGUGGUUCUGGAAUAUGGAGAGGAACCCAAAGAUCCUCUUAUCCUGGGAAGAUCGUUUUUAGCUACAGCUGGAGCAGUAAUUGAUGUCAAGCAUGGUAACCUUGAUCUCCACCUGAGAGAUACCAUCAUGACUUUCAAGAUGGAGAAGCUGAAGGAUCCCACCAUAGAUGGUCAGACAUUCCAAGUCAGUGUAAUACCUGAAGUGAUAGUUGGAGAUCAGAACGUGCUUGAUGCUGAGAAGGUGAUAGAUCAAUCUGAGUUGACUAAGACGUCUACAGAACCAGUAGUUGCUAUUGAGCAGAAAUCUCAAAACUUAAUGCUCCAUUCAUCUCCACCAAAGCAAAGGUACGCACUUCUUGAGCCUAAUCCUAAUACUUGUGAUAUCAUCAAAACUGAUUUGAAAGAUGCAGACUCUGUCUCACGACGCAAGCUACGAGAUUAUCGUAGGGCAUUUGGUUUUUUGAUUGAUGAUAUUGUAGGGAAUAGGUUAAAGUGGUCCAAACACAGAUCUCACCUUAGUGCUAUUCCUGUAUUCCUUGGACGACCUCAUGCGCACAAUGCCUACACACCACCAUGGAUGAGACGACUUUCACAGAGGCAUUCUUUGCCACUGUCUGAUCCACCAGAUGCAUAG